UCGGCCAUCAUGGCGGUUCGGUUGCGGAGGGGUGACGGGUACGGCCCCUGGUGGCUGCUGCCCCUGGCCGGGGUAUUACUGGCGCUGGUUGAGGUGGCCGGGGGACACACGCUAUGGGUACCGGGAUGGUGGGGACGGCAGGAGACCACGAUCAGCGUACAGCGGGGGGCCACGGGGGCCACAAGCAGGAGAGGGAGGAGCCUGGAUCCCGAACAGCUCGAGCAGCAGGUCAAGGUGUACGGACAGGUUCGGUUGAAUGAUUCUCACAACCAGAUCGUCGUUCACUGGGCCGGAGAGAAGAGCAACGUCAUCGUGGGACUGACCCGGGACAGCCAGGUGUACUCCGGCACCAAAAGCAGCAAUGUUUACGUGUCUUAUGAUUACGGGAAAAGCUUUAAGAAAAUCUCUGAGAAAUUCCAGUUCUCGGGUGGCAAUGCGAGCGCCCCCGCCGCCGUGGCGCAGUUCUUCCACAGUCCGGCUGAUAAUAAAAGGUACAUAUUUGUGGACGCCGCGGCUUCGUACGUCUGGAUCAGCACCGAUUUUUGUGCCACGGUGAAUGGAUUCCCCGUCCCGUUCAGACCCUCCGACCUCCUCCUGCACCCGACGGAUCCCAACCUGGCUCUGGGCUUCGACAAAUCCCACCCCAACAAACAGCUCUGGAAGUCAGAUGAUUUCGGUCAGACGUGGAUAAUGAUUCAGGAACACGUGAAGUCCUUCUUCUGGGGAGUUAACCCUUUUGACAAUCCGAGGACGGUGUACGUGGAGCGUCAUGAGCCUCGGGGAACAUCCACCGUCCUGCGCAGCACAGACUUUUUUCAGUCCAGGGAGAAGACCGAGGUUGUGAUAGAAGACGUGGACGCCUUUCAGCUGCGGGAGAAGUAUAUGUUUGCUACGAAGACCGCGCGCCUGCUGGGUGGUAAGGAGAAGACGUCGGUGCAGCUCUGGGUCUCCUACAACCGAAACCCGAUGAAACUGGCGCAGUUUGUAACCCGGCAUCCGAUAACGGAAUAUUACAUCACUGACGCGUCGGAGGACCAGGUGUUUGUCUGCGUCACGCACUCCAACAACGUGACCAACCUGUACAUUUCGGAAGCCGAGGGGCUCCGCUUCUCCCUGUCCCUGGAGAACGUUCUGUAUUAUAACCCCGGGGAGGGCGGCAAAGAGUCCCUGGUCAGGUACCUGGAGAACGAGCCGUUUGCUGACGUUCACCGCGUCAAAGGUCUGAGCGGCGUGUACGUGGCCAACAUGCUAAACGGGUCGUUCGCCAAGGAGAACAUGCGAUCGGUGAUAACGUUCGAUAAAGGAGGCACCUGGGAGUUUCUCCAGCCGCCUGCGUACACCGGCUACGGAGAAAAGUGCGAGUCCUCGCGUGGUUGUUCUCUGCACUUGGAGCAGCAGCUCAGCAGGAUGAUCACCUUCCAGCUACACAUUAUGCCCAUCCUGUCCAAGGAGUCGGCGCCGGGCCUGAUCAUGGCGACCGGUACCGUUGGAAAAGAUAUGAUCGGUAAAAUGAACAUGUAUGUUUCCAGCAGUGGCGGCGUCCGAUGGAGGGAGUCUCUCCUCGGGCCCCACUACUGUACGUGGGGGGAUCACGGAGGGAUUCUGGUCGCUAUCGCUCAAGGAGUAGAAACCAACCAACUCAAAUUCAGCACCAAUGAAGGGGAAACCUGGAAGACGUUUACAUUUUCUGAUUACUCGUUGAUUGUUUACGGGUUACUCACCGAGCCGGGGGAGAAGAGCACCGUGUUCACCAUCUUCGGCUCCUACACGGGCAAAGGCCACAGCUGGGUCAUCUUACAGGUCAACACCAGCGACGUUCUAGGUGUCCCCUGCGCGGAGAACGACUAUAAACUGUGGUCACCGUCUGAUGAGCGCGGGAACGAAUGUUUGUUAGGGCGCAAAACCGUCUAUAAAAGGAGGACACCACAUGCCACCUGCUUCAACGGGGAGGACUUUGACAGACCGAUCACCUCCUCAAACUGCUCCUGUACCAGGGAAGACUUUGAAUGUGAUUUUGGGUUUAAGCCGAGCAGAGAUCUGACGUCGGAAAUCUGCAUCCCUGAUCCGGAAUUUGCUGGAAAUCCAUACCCGAUCCCGAGCCCCUGUCCUGAAGGCACCACCUAUAAGAGAACCAAAGGUUACCGCAGGGUUUCCGGAGACGUGUGUUCCGGAGGAGACAUUGAAAGCCGUCUGGAUGGAGAGGAGGUCCCCUGCCCGGUGAGAGAAGAGACAGAGUUUAUCUUAUACGCCAUGAGAAACGCGAUCUAUCGCUACGACCUGCUGUCCGGGGCCAGCGAGCAGCUUCCUCUGAAGGACCUCCGCGGGGCGGUGGCUCUGGACUUCGACUAUCAGAACAACUGCCUGUACUGGGCGGACGUCACGCUGGACGUCAUCCAGCGUCUGUGUUUGAAUGGGAGCUCUGGGCAGGAAGUGAUUGUCCGAAGUGGUUUAGAGACCGUGGAGUCCUUGGCCUUCGACCCCCUGAGCCAGUUGCUGUUCUGGGUGGACGCCAGAAUGAAGAAAAUCGAGGUGGCCAAUACAGAUGGAGAUCUGCGUCUCACCAUCCUAAACUCCACUGUCCUGGAGCGUCCGAGAGCGCUGGCGCUGGUGCCCUCUGAGGGCCUCAUGUUUUGGACAGACUGGGGCGACGAGCGUCACGGGAUUUACAGAAGUGAGAUGGACGGCUCUUCUCUGAAGCACCUGGUCUCCGAGGACAUUAAAUGGCCGAAUGGGAUCACUGUGGACGAGCGCUGGAUCUACUGGACGGAGGCUUUUCUGGACAGAAUUGAGAGGAUCGACUUCGAGGGCCAGCAGAGGGUGGUUAUCCUGGACAGUCUGCCUCAUCCUUACGCCAUCGCCGUGUUUAAGAAUGAGAUCUACUGGGAUGACUGGUCACAGCUCAGUAUAUUCCGCGCCCCGAAGUCCGGUGGCGGCAGGACGGAAGCUCUGAUUGGCCGGUUGUCUGGGGUCAUGGACAUGAAAAUUUUCUAUAAGGGAAAGUCUGCAGGAGUCAACGCUUGUGUGUUAAAGCCUUGCACAGUCCUCUGUCUUCCUAAAGCCAAUAACAGCCGAACCUGCCGCUGUCCGGAGGGCAUCAAGGAGUCGCGGCUGCCGUCAGGGGAGAUGCAGUGCGACUGUCCGCCGGGUUACCAGCUGCGCAACGGGACCUGCGCAAAGCAAGAAGCGUCCUGCCUGCCCAGUCAAUACAGAUGCAGUAACGGGAACUGCAUUAACGCCAUCUGGCGGUGCGACAGCGACAAUGACUGCGGAGACAUGAGUGACGAGAAGAACUGCCCGUCCACGACGUGCGACCCGGACACGCUGUUCCGAUGCCAGGGAUCGGGGACCUGCAUCCCGCUGUCAUAUAAAUGCGACCUGGAUGAUGACUGCGGCGACAACAGCGACGAAAGCCACUGCGAGGCUCAUCAGUGUAAAGAGGAUGAGUUUAACUGCACGUCGGGGAUGUGUAUUCGCCAGUCCUGGGUGUGUGACGGGGACAACGACUGCCGCGACUGGUCCGACGAAGUCAACUGUACAGCGAUCUCGCACACAUGUGAGGCUUCAAGUUUUCAGUGUCACGACAGUCACUGUAUUCCUCAGCGGUGGGUUUGCGACGGUGACAUGGACUGUCAGGACGGCUCGGACGAGGAUAACAGCAUCUGUGAAAAGAAGUGUAAAGGAUUUCAGUGCCGUAACGGGACCUGCCUCCCCUCCAGCCAGCACUGUGAUGGUAUAGCCCAGUGCGCUGACGGCGCAGACGAGAAACAAUGUGAGCCGCUGUGCACGCAUUAUAUGGACUUUGUGUGUAAGAACCGGCUGCAGUGUUUGUUCCACUCCAUGGUAUGCGAUGGGAUCGUACAUUGUCGAGAUGGUUCUGAUGAGGACCCCAGCUAUGCCGGCUGUGCUCGGGACCCAGAAUUCCAGCGGACGUGCGACCCACUUAGCUUUUUGUGUCAAAACGGUGUGUGCAUCAGCCUAGUGUGGAAAUGCGACGGGAUGGACGACUGCGGUGAUUACUCAGAUGAGGCAAACUGUGAAAACCCCACAGACACGCCGGCGUGCUCGCGGUAUUACCAGUUCCAGUGUGAGAACGGUCACUGCAUCCCCUCACGCUGGAAAUGCGAUGGAGAGAACGACUGCGGCGACUGGUCUGACGAGAAGGAAUGUGGAGGUAAGAUUCGGGAGGAAACGAUUCCUCACAGCACCGCAGCGGGAUCCACCUGCUCGUCCGAUCACUUCCGCUGUGAUAACGGCGUGUGCAUCAUGAGCACCUGGGUGUGUGACGGGUACAAGGACUGUUUAUCCGGCUCAGACGAGGAGGGCUGUCCGACGCGGGCCAACGUGACUCUGUCCACUACGCCGCCCCCCGGCCGCUGCCGCAGCGGGGAGUUCGAGUGCAAGAAGUGGAGGAGCUGCAUCCCCAACUGGAAACGCUGCGAUGGAGUCCGCGACUGUCUGGACGGCACCGACGAGCUGCAAUGCUCCACGCGUGGCCCCACUCCCUGCAUUAACGGGUCCCUGUGUGAAGAUGGCGAGGCGUGCAUUGCGUUGUCCGAUACUUGUGACGGCUUUCUGGACUGUUCUGAUGGCAGCGACGAAGCAAACUGCACAGAUGACACCAUAGUGUUCAAAGUCCAGAAUCUCCAAUGGUCGGCCGACUUUAACGGGAACAUCACGCUGACCUGGACGCGGCCCAAAAAGAUGCCCCUGUCAUCCUGCAUCUUCAAUGUUUAUUACAGGGUUAUUGGGGAGAGCACGUGGAAAAUGUUGGAGUCUCACAGCAAUAAAACGGUCUGCAUCUUAACUAUCCUGGAACCUGACACGACUUAUCAGGCUAAGGUCCAGGUUCAGUGCCUGCGCAGGAUUUACAGCACAAAUGAUGUCAUCACCCUGAGGACCCCUGAGGGCAUUCCUGAUGCCCCGCGGCACCUGCAGCUGUCUGUGAAUAAAGACCUUCAAGGGGUUAUAACCGCCAGCUGGUCGGCCCCGGCCACAGCGCAUGGAUUAAUCCGGGAGUAUAUCGUUUCGUAUACUGUGAGCGGUACGAAGGGAUGGUGGUCGUUUAAUUCUCCGCGGAAUAUCACAGAAAUAAAAUUAUUGGAGUCGGAUACAAUGUAUUCCGUCAGGGUCGCUGCUGUCACCGGGCGCGGCGUUGGGGACUGGAGCGACACCAAAAGUAUUUACACCGGAAAAGGGAAAGCGGUGCCGCCACCAACCAUUACCAUUCACGGCUACGACGAGGACUCCGUAAAUCUCAGCUUGAGAGUGGAUUCUGAUGUUCAGGUUCGUGGUUACUCGGUGUCCCUCGUCUGGGAGUUUGACUCUCAUGUGCAGGAGAGAAGGACUCUUCAGUUCGAGGGGCAGACGGUGGUGUGCGAGGUCCGCAACCUAACGGCGCAGACGGCCUACGAGAUCUCUGCCUGGGCGAAGGCUGACUUCGGAGACAGCGCUGUGUCUUUUAAACACUUUGUGACCAAGGGGACCAAACCAACAGCCCCAAGCCUUAAAGCCAAGGCCAUCAAUCAGACGGCGGUGGAGUGUAACUGGAUUGGAGCAAAGGACGCGAUCUACGGAAUAUUUUAUGCUACGUCGUUUUUAGGACUUUACCGGAAUCCAUAUAAUAUUAACACCACCUUACACAACGCCACCGUUCUCGUGAGCAGAGAUGAGCAGUACUUGUUUUUGGUGCGGGUCGUAUCACCUUAUCUAGGUCCUCCUUCAGAUUAUAUUGCGGUAAAAAUGGUUCCUGAUAACCGGUUACCGCCGCGCCAUCUCCACGCUGUGCGGAUCGAUAAAACGUUUGCUGUCAUAAAAUGGGAAUCUCCGUACGACUCACCGGAUGAGAAAAUGGGCUACGUUGUUGCUGUGAAAGAUUUGAUUAAGAAAACGGACACAAACUACAAGCUGAGCACCCAGAACAGCAGCAUAGAAUACCGGGUGGCAAACCUGGAGCCUGGGGGCAAAUACAGCGUAACCAUCCAGCUCCGCAACAUGAGCAAGGAGGCCAGCAUCAAACUGAACACGGUUCCGUUGUCCGCUCCAGAAGCGCUAAAGAUCAUCAGCGAGAACGACCACAUCCUGCUCUUCUGGAAGAGUUUGGCGUUAAAAGAAAAAAUAUUUAAUGAAAGCAGAGGGUACGAAAUCCAUGUGUUUGACGGCACGAGUAACGCCACAACCUGUCUCGGGAACACGACCGAUAACUUCUUCAAGAUUUCCAAGCUGAAGAGGGGUCACAAUUACACGUUCACGGUGCAAGCGCGGUGUCUGUACGGCGACCAGCUCUGCGGCGAGCCGGCCUUUCUGUUCUACGACGAGCUUGGAACCGGCGUGGAUCUCUUGUUAUCGAAGAACGAGCACUCCAGCGAUGUGGCCGCCAUCGUGGUACCAGUACUAUUCUUGCUGUUGGUGGCAACUGGUUUGGGCUUCAUCAUAUUAUACACGCGACACCGGAGACUUCAGAACAGCUUCACGGCGUUUGCAAACAGCCACUACAGCUCGCGACUCGGUUCCGCCAUAUUCUCCUCCGGGGACGAUAUCGGUGACGAUGAUGAUGACGCUCCCAUGAUUAGUGGAUUUUCAGAUGACGUUCCUAUGGUGAUAGCGUGAAAAAAAAAAUCCGGGUCAAAACCAAAUGAUGUAAAUAUGUUGGAGAAUAGUGAUUAUUUUUUUGUUCUUUUUUUGUGUUUCUCUCAGAUGCACUUUGAGUUGCAAUGUUAUUUUUAUAUGGGCCAAAAACUUUGUAGUACUUAACUGUGAAAUGCAAAAUUAGUUUUUACCAAAAUGUAUGUUACUUUAACUCUGUUUUUUGACCCUUUAAUCUCAGAGAAUUUGUUUUCUUGAGGUAUUUUAAGGUUUGUCCGAGUGGACGUUCUGAUUUUGAGUGCCAGUUUGCCAAUAUUUGCAAAGAAACGAUUGGAGAGACCCUAAAAUAUUCAUUUUCAAGCUGCUUUGGUAUGAGAAAUUAAUUGUUCGGUGUCUAUCUGGAAAAAACUGAAAAGGGUUAAUAGCAGCCGUGCCGCAACUGCCCAGAAUGGGUUCAUGUAAAGAGUAUCGCUAUAACGUCCUUUUGUUUUAUUAUCAUUGCUCCUUUGAGCGCUGUGACUUGUUAACUCUCCAUCUGGAACCCAAAGAGUUAAGAGAUCGGCCCUCGCACGGGUGGUCUCACAGAAAUGCCACACCGUAGAUUGACGGGUGGCAAAGACCGCCACUGCUUCAUGCGAUUACAAGAUUGGCCUCCGAAAUGCCGCCCAGCGAGGGUAAAUUUAACUUGAAUUAAAAAAAUGCGAUUGUUAAAAAUGCAAUUCAUAAGCAAUACAUUGAAAUGCACUAAACGGGGGCCUUGGUUUCCCGGGAAACAUAACUAAUAAUAUUAAUACUAACGGUAAUAAUAAUAAUCCUUUAUGUUCCGUGACCUCCAUGAAGAUGCUUCUCUUUGGUAAUUUGGUAAAAAACGGAGCCUCUUGUCAAAUAAGGAAACCAAACUUCCAGCAUUCUCCCCAAAUAGUUAAUGACCGAUCACGGCCUAGGCUGAGAAUGCUGUGCUGGGUUUCUCCGUCUCCAGGUCCCACUUUAUGGGAAUUAAUAUGUCACUCGAAAUAUUUUUACUGGAAUAAAGGAAA